AAAGGGGAUUUUCUUUAACCAAUAAAUUUCAGAGAGAAAAGAGGGGAAAAAGGAAAAUGGCAAGCGGCGGAGGUGACAGAUCGGAGGCGGAUCGGUGGCUGGUUACGUCGGAGAAGCUACUGGCCGCCAGAGACCUUCAGGGAGCGAAGACAUUCGCUAUCCGUGCGUGCGAGGCUGACCCGACCCGAGCCGGGGCGGCGGACUACAUCCUUGCCAUCUCCGACACUCUCAUCGCCGGAGAGACUCUCGUCAAUUGCUCGAACCUCCCGGACUGGUACGCCGUGCUCCGACUCGUUCGCCUGACUCAGAACCCCGAACACAUCGCGACUCAGUACCGGAGACUCGCGCUUCUCCUCAAUCCGAAGGUCAAUUGUCUCUCAUUCGCUGAUCAGGCGUAUAAGCUCGUCUCUGAUGCUUGGUACGUGCUCUCUGACCCGUCUAGGAAGUCUCUAUAUGAUCGCGAUUUGCAGCUGACUCAACUCGGCCAACCCGGUUCCCGGAAUCAGCAACAACAGCCCAGAAAUUUCAGUGGCAACAGCGUCCGAAUUCGAACGAUGCGGCGGGGGGGGGUUGGGGUUUGGAAAACUCAGACAGAACCUACGGCUUCGAGCUUCUGGACAUCUUGUCCAUACUGCUUUGUACUCUUCGAGUACUCGAAGGGCUACGAGGAUUGCGCAUUGCGGUGUCAAUAUUGCCGGAGAGCGUUUCAAGCUGUGACGAUGCAGACGCCUCCCGUAGAGGGCGAAGGCAAAGACGUUUACUUUUGUUCUUGGGGAGUCUUCCCACUAGGGUUUUCAGGUCAUACUAAAACCGCAGCGUGGUCUCCUAUUUCACCGCUCUUCCCAUUGCCCGGUCAGAGGGUGUCAGAGCAGCCGACGAGAAAGGAACCAGCUUCACCUAGAAUAUUUUAUGAUGAUGAUGACAUAUAUGUCGAACUUUCAGAGGAUGAAUAUGAACCGGAAGAAGAUGAUGAUGAUGAGGAUUGGCUGAAUGAUGAAUCGAGGAAUAAGAAGGCAAAGUUUGGGAAAGGGAAAGGAACCACUCGGAAAAGUAGCACAAAACAGCGAGCUGAGAAAGCUGGGAGGGGAAGCCAAAAUGUAGUAAGUAUCAGUGGUGUUAGCAAUCCUACGGUUUCAAUCGCACAAGAUUGUUCUACAAGUAGAAAACGGGUUGGAACAAGAGCUAAGAACUUGGGAAGGUUGGAUUUGAAUGUGGAGUUCAAUAAUGAAGUGGAAGAGCCUUCUGUGGCAGGGAGGAAAAAUGAUGGGAAUGGGCUCAGAAGUAGUAGGGAUGAUGAUAAUAUCGAAGGGAAUGGGUUUUUCGAGGGCCUUGACGAAUUCUUGAGUAGUUUGCCAAUCCUUUCAGUCGUUGAGGAUGAUAAGGUCAAGGCUACUUAGUUGUCUUCUGUCAUUGCUGUGGUUGUAACCUUAACUUUUGUGUAUUGUAUGCUGGAUGAUGAUGUAUAGCUGUAGAAGAUUCUGAUGUUUUGAUUCCUUGGAAUUGGAUUCCAAUUAUGUAUUUUGUGCCAAAUAUUGGCGGGUUUUUUCUUCCAGUCACAUGGUGUAUAAAUUUCCGUCUAUUAAGAGGAACUUGCCUUA